CACACAGUCCUUCCAGGCAUCAGAAUAUGCCGCUAUUUCUUGGAGUUUGCAUGCAGGACAGGUACAGCAGCUAAAAGCAAGGGGAUCCAAGGCAUGGCCCCCAGGAAAAGCCACUAAAUGAGCCUAUCCACCUUCCUACAUUCUUCUGCAGCAACCAGGAUGGAAAAACAGAUGUGAAGUCCCUCAUGGCGAAGUUCAACACAGGGACUAACCCGACAGAGGAGGUCUCCAUCAACAGCCGGCCCUUCAAAGUCGCAGGACAAAAUGCGCCUUCAGGAAUACAAGCAAGAAAGAAUCUAUUUGACAACCAAGGAAAUGCCAGUCCUCCCGCAGGACCCAGCAACACGCCUAAAUUUGGGACCACAAAACCACCCUUGGCAGCCAAACCUACCUAUGAGGAUAAGUCUGACAAGGAUCCCAAACCCCCAUUUUUAAAACCUAGUGGGGUGAACCAAAGAUUUGGAACACAGCCAACUUCGGCUUCUAGAGACCCUGAGGUCAAGGCUGGGUUUCUGAAACCUGUAAGCCCCAAACCCACCAGCUUGCCUAAAGAAGAUCCCAAACCGGCGUUUUUACGGCCUUCAGGGAACAAGCUGCACAAUUUGAACCAAGAGUCUGACUUAAAGACACCAGGACCAAAGCCAGGGCCUACUCCCCCAGUCCCCGAAAACGACCUAAAGCCAGGGUUCUCAAAGGUGGCUGGAGCUAAGAGCAAGUUCAUGCCAGCCACACAAGAUGCUGACCCCAAACCCCGAUUUCCCAGACACACUUUUGGCCAGAAGCCAUCCCUGAGUGCAGAGGACUCCCAGGAAGAAGAGAGCACCUCUAAGAACGUGGCUGUCCAGAAAGGAUCCCCAGUGCCACUAGGGGCCAAGGGCAAGGGUGGUCCUUUCAAAUCAGCUAGGGAAGACACAGAGGAUAAAGACAUUGGAACGUCAAGUUCACCCUUUGCUGGAGUGGUUCUAAAACCUGCUGCAAGCAGAGGGAGCCCAGGGCUCUCCAGAAACUCUGAAGAAAAAAAAGAAGAGAGGAAAACAGAUGUUACAAAGAACAUCUUUCUGAGUAAAAUGAAUCAGGAGGAGCCGGCCAGAUUCCCCAAGGCCCCUUCCAAGUUGACAGCAGGGACAUCAUGGGGCCAAAGUCAGGAGAAGGACAAAGAAGACAAGAAUUCAACAAUCCCCAAGCAGAAGCCUCUGCCUCCCCUGUCUGUCUUGGGCCCGCCUCCACCCAAGCCCAGCAGACCACCCAACGUUGACCUGACCAGAUUCCGAAAAGCUGACACAGCCAACAGUACCAGCAAAAGUCAGACACCUUACUCAACAACUUCCUUACCACCACCCCCAGCGUCUCAUCCAAGCAGCCUGCCACCACCUCCAAUGUCCCAUCCAGCCAUCCAGCCACCACUACCAGCAUCCCACCCAACACAACCACCAGUUCCAAGCCUACCUCCCAGAAACAUUAAGCCUCCCCUUGACCUGAAAAAUACUAUAAAUGACGAAAAUCAAGAUGGUGUCAUGCACUCUGAUGGUCCUGGAAUUCUAGAAGAGGAACAAGAGAGUGAAGGAGAGACAUAUGAAGACAUAGAAUCAUCCAGAGAACGAGACAAGAAACGGGAAAAGGAGGAAAAGAAGAGGUUAGAGCUAGAAAGGAAGGAACAGAAAGAAAAAGAGAAGAAAGAACAAGAAUUGAGGAAGAAAUUUAAGCUAACAGGCCCCAUCCAAGUCAUCCAUCAUGCAAAAGCGUGUUGUGAUGUCAAAGGAGGGAAGAAUGAAUUGAGCUUCAAGCAAGGGGAGGACAUUGAAAUAAUCCGCAUCACUGACAACCCAGAAGGAAAAUGGCUGGGCAGAACUGCCAGGGGGUCAUAUGGUUACAUUAAAACAACUGCUGUCGAGAUUGACUAUGAUUCUCUGAAACGGAAGCAGAAUACUCUCAAUGCUGUUCCAUCUAGACUUGUUGAAGAUGACCAAGAAGUCUACGAUGAUGUGGCUGAUCAGGAUGCUCUUAACAGCCAUGGUCACAGCGGCAGCGGAGGUAUGUUCCCACCACCACCAGAUGAUGACAUUUAUGAUGGGAUAGAAGAGGAAAAUGCUGAUGAUGGAUCCACGCUGCAGGUUGAAGAGAAGACCAACACGUGGUCCUGGGGGAUUUUGAAGAUGUUAAAGGGAAAAGAUGACAGAAAGAAAAGUAUUCGAGAGAAACCUAAAGUCUCUGAUUCAGACAGUAAUGAAGGUUCAUCUUUCCCUUCUCCUCCUAAAGAAUUGGAUGCAGGAGAAGAAGUUUACGAUGAUGUGGAUGCCUCAGACUUCCCUGCUCCACCUGCAGAGAUGAGUCAAGGAAUUAAUGUUGGAAAGGUAAAAGCAGAAGAAAAAGAUCCCAAGAAGCUAAAAAAGCAGGAAAAAGAAGAAAAAGAUCUCAGGAAAAAAUUUAAGUAUGAUGGUGAAAUUCGAGUUCUUUAUUCAACGAAAGUUGCUUCCUCCAUAACUUCUAAAAAGUGGGGAGCUAGAGAUCUGCAGAUAAAACCCGGAGAAUCCCUUGAAGUUAUUCAAAACACAGACGACACCAAAGUUCUCUGCAGGAAUGAGGAAGGCAAAUAUGGUUAUGUCCUUCGGAGUUACCUGGUGGACAAUGAUGGAGAAAUCUAUGAUGACAUUGCUGAUGGUUGUGUCUACGACAAUGACUAGCACUCAAGCUAAUGACUAGCACUCAGGCUGUCCAUUCUGCUGUGUCUGGUAGUGGACAACAUGAAUUUUAAUUGAAAUGAUCUUGGGUGUCAUAGAAAUAAAUGGAUGUACAAAAUGAAAUUUCAAUCUUUUUAUAAAAUUUUUAAAUUUUAAAUUUGGAAAAUGAACUCUGUUUAAAAGAUUGACAGUAAGAUAUAAUACUUUAUCUCCUUUCUUUCUUUUCUUUUCUUUUGAGCAUGGGGUUCUUACUUUGUAGUUUGGCCAUUUUCCUGCCUCAGCUUCCCAAGUGCUGUGAAAACAGACAUGAGCCACCACAUCUGGCUUACAGAUUCCAUUUUACUUCAGUUAUGCUUAUGAAGUUACUUUGUAUUCAGACCACCAUUAGGGAAUCUACCCUACCAUGCCCCUUUUUAAAGAAAUGAAGAAAAAUAAAGACAUCCUAGAGGAAGAAGAAAGAAUAUAAAGAAGGAAUUUUUAAUUUUAAUUCCACAAGAAGACAACCUAUUGCUUGUGCUGGGCCUUACAUUGCCUGUUCAAUUUACCUACCCGGAAAAGGCAUAGCUAGCUCCUCUAGUUUCUGAAAGACAACAUAGCAGCAGGACAUUUGUAUUGAAUUUUUCCCUCUCUGUUCAUUGUGAAAUCAUAUGUUAAUUAUUCAGUAAGCAUGCUGUAUCUUCUGUAUGCACAUAUAAGAUUAACCUGUACAAGAGUCUAAAGCAAGUCCUAUAUUAUGGAUCUAUACACACAUGGUUGAAUUCUGUACUCUGUUUAGAUGCCAUUGUUAACCAGAGAAAUGGAAGGGGACUGCAUGACAAUUGUGAAUGCUGGAAGAAAGAACCUUGAAAGUCACCCUCUGUUUACAGUAACUCCUUACUGUGAAGUCUUUAUGAAAGGUUUUUGUGUUUUGCUGUCAAUUGCUUCUGCAGAGCCCAGUGAUAUUUACAACCACUUUACUAGAAAGUCAUUCAGUGGAAGGAACACAAGGCAAUAAGCCCCAGUGGUUGGCCUGGGGUGUUCCCCAUUGAGGCAUACUCCUUACCUCCUCCUCCAGAAUGUAAAGCACUGGCUUUUGAAUGCUAAGAACACUAAGCACUAUGAACCAAAACACAGUGUCUCAACAUCUAAAUAUAACAGAUUGGAGGAUGCUUUUUGAAAUUAGUAAAUCCUACUGCUGGUUCUGUUAUUGACUGUGAUGCAACCUUGGCAAUAUUCAUUACCCUCCCAGUGUCCUUAGAGGAUAGGAUUCAAUUAAGUUUAGCCCAAAAAUUUUCACUACUCAUUAUUUAAAGCUUUUAUGGUUUCCCCAUCUCAGAUGCUAACUUCAGAAGAUUUUUUUCUUUUCUAUUUUAAAUCAUUGAUCAAAUUAUUAAUUCAUUAUAUACACAAAUUGCAAAGAUCCAUUGGAUUUUCUGAAGAGUGACCCCCAUUGAAUUUGUUUUUAAAUUGUAUGAGAUAGAGAGAUAACUCAGUUGGCCAGAUGCUCGAUGGCAAGCAUAAAGACUGAAUUCAGUUAACAAACCCCAGAUGACAACCAUGUGUAGUGACCAGUACUUGCAAUCCCAGUGCCAGGGUGGCAGAGAUAGGAGGAUCCCUGGGACUUGGGGUAAGCCUGGCUGUCCUGAUUGGUAGUUCUACACCAAAGAGAGAGUCUUUUCCAAGGACAUGGACAGCAACUGAGGAACAAUACUAAAGGUUGUCCAUGUGUAUAUUCCCUCAUGCACAUAGAAACAUGUACACACAGAUUGAGAAACCUAUAAAGUACCUCAAAGCCUUCAAAAGGUUAGAAUUGGGGAUUCUGUUAAGUGUUUUGAAAUUUUAAAAAUGUCAGUGGUGUCUACAGCUCAGUUUAGAGGAUACAGGGCUCUGAGUCUUCUGGUUUGAAAAUCAUAGCCUUUGAUUAAAAGUACUUUGGUGGCAUUAAUAUCCUUGUGAUAAACUUUUUGUCAAUAGAUACAAAUUACAUGGCUCAAAAGUGGUUGUAUGUUAACUUUGGAAUCACAUAUAUGUUAUAUGCUGACUAUAUUUCCAGUAAUUUUCCAUGAUUAAGAAUAACACAAAUUCAAUGCAAAUGUUAGGCUUUAAAAAAAUCCCAAAUUAGAUCUAGAGACUAUGUCAGCUUUGAUUUAUAUUCAAAGAAAUGGAAAGAUACCUAUGAGAGGGAUUUUUGCAAUAAUUAUUUAAUAUAUAUUUGAAGUGUUAACUUUAAUAUACUAAAUGUGAUUUUGUUGCAGAUUGUAUGUGGAAUUUUGUCAUGUGGAAAGAACUGCCAAUAAAAUAUCUUUUCAGCAAGUGA